CACACACUCGCAUGUUUUAGACUUUUCCUUCUUUUGUUUUGUUCUCCUUGCUUUCGAUAAUUUUGUGCCGAUUUUUGUGUUCUAGAAUGCAGAUUGGUGGAUUUUGAAGGAAACCCAGAUUAGACCAACCAAAAAAAUUUAGACCUAAGAAAAAGGAAAAUGAGUUCAAGAAGUGUGAGGAAGUUGGAGGUGGUGUCACCAGUGCCAGCAGACAUAGAUAUUGCAAACUCAGUUGAACCAUUUCAUAUUUCUGAGAUUGCUAAGGAUCUGAAUCUCAGUUCCAACCAUUAUGAUCUUUAUGGCAAAUACAAAGCCAAGGUGUUGUUAUCCGUGCUUGAUGAGCUUCAAGGAUCUGAAGAUGGUUAUUAUGUGGUGGUCGGGGGAAUUACUCCAACUCCACUUGGAGAAGGCAAGUCCACUACUACAGUUGGUCUGUGCCAAGCUUUGGGUGCUUUUCUUGAUAAAAAGGUUGUUACCUGUCUUCGCCAACCAUCACAAGGACCAACUUUUGGAAUAAAAGGAGGUGCAGCUGGCGGAGGCUACAGUCAGGUGAUCCCGAUGGAUGAGUUUAAUCUUCAUCUAACUGGAGAUAUUCAUGCAAUAACAGCUGCAAACAAUCUGCUUGCUGCUGCCAUUGAUACUAGGAUUUUUCAUGAGUCAUCCCAAUCAGAUAAGGCUCUCUUUAAUCGAUUAUGCCCACCAAAUAAAGAUGGAAAAAGGAAAUUCAGUGAUAUCAUGUUUAGACGACUGAAGAAGCUUGGCAUCUCCAAAACACAUCCUGAGGACCUUACACCAGAAGAAGUUAAAAAAUUUUCUAGGCUUGAUAUUGACCCCAAUUCUAUUACAUGGAGAAGAGUGAUGGAUGUAAAUGAUCGGUUCUUGAGGAAAAUCACUGUUGGCCAGGGCCCAGAAGAAAAGGGGAUGGUAAGGGAAACAGGAUUUGAUAUUUCAGUUGCUAGUGAGAUAAUGGCAGUUUUAGCCCUAACAACAUCUCUUGCUGAUAUGAGAGAGCGGCUUGGAAAAAUGGUAAUUGGAAAUAGCAAGGCUGGUGAUCCUAUAACUGCUGAUGAUCUUGGUGUUGGAGGUGCUUUAACAGUGCUUAUGAAGGAUGCCAUCAACCCUACUCUAAUGCAGACCCUUGAGGGAACCCCUGUUCUUGUUCAUGCUGGUCCAUUUGCAAACAUUGCCCAUGGUAAUUCUUCUAUCGUGGCUGAUAAAAUUGCAUUGAAGCUGGUGGGACCAGGUGGGUUUGUGGUCACUGAAGCAGGUUUUGGUGCUGAUAUUGGAACAGAAAAGUUCAUGAAUAUCAAGUGCCGAUACAGUGGUCUAAUACCUCAGUGUGCUAUUAUUGUGGCAACAAUAAGGGCCUUGAAAAUGCAUGGUGGUGGCCCUGAAGUUGUUGCUGGAAAGCCUCUUGACCAUGCCUAUGUAAAUGAGAAUGUUUCUCUGGUGGAAGCUGGUUGCGUGAAUUUGGCCAGGCAUAUUGCAAACACUAAGGCUUAUGGUGUAAAUGUUGUUGUUGCUGUGAACAAGUUUUCAACUGAUACUGAAGCAGAAAUGAAUGCAGUUAGAAAUGCGGCAUUGGCUGCUGGAGCAUUUGAUGCUGUAAUCUGUACUCACCAUGCUCAUGGUGGUAAAGGAGCGGUGGACCUUGGAGUUGCUGUUCAAAGGGCCUGUGAGAAUGUGACACAGCCACUGAGGUUCCUAUAUCCUUUGGAUAUUAGUAUUAAAGAGAAAAUAGAGGCAAUAGCAAGGUCAUAUGGUGCCAGUGGUGUCGAAUACACAGAGCAGGCUGAAAAACAGAUCGAGAUGUGCAGCAGACAAGGGUUUUCUGGUCUACCAAUCUGCAUGGCCAAAACCCAGUACUCAUUUUCACACAUUGCCUCUGAGAAAGGAGCACCAAGCGGAUUUAUCUUACCAAUAAGGGAUGUGAGAGCCAGCAUAGGAGCUGGGUUUAUUUACCCCUUAGUUGGUACAAUGAGCACAAUGCCAGGGCUACCAACAAGGCCUUGCUUCUAUGAAAUUGAUCUUGACACAACCACUGGAAAGGUUAUUGGUCUUUCAUGAAGCAUUAGUCAAAAUCUCUGUAGCAUGUGUGAUUCUCUAAGAUGCUUGCUGAGGGCCUUCUCGAGUGUACAUGUGCAGCAAUUGGGCGAGAACUCUGUCACAGUUCUUGAAACCUUUGUUCCUGCACUUUUCCCAGUUGUCCUUUGUACCAUUUUAACAUAAAGUUGGAUACCUGUGAAGAAUACUGAAUCUUUUCCCAUCAUCUAUUUCAGUCUGGAAUAAACAAAUUUUUAUGCUCA